UUCGCUAAACACGUGUGAUUAGCCGAGCAAACCGGUUUUGUGUAACAAGGGUCGAGAUCGAGACUGUUGGAUAGUCAAAAUUAAACGUACCUUAGGAAAAUAAAUCUCAAAUAAAAUGGCUGUUUUCAGGAGAUUCAGACCACUGUUUGACCGAAUCCUUGUGGAACGAUUUGUCCCCGAGACCAAGACCAAAGGAGGUAUCAUGAUCCCAGAGAAGGCUCAGCAGAAGGUCAAUCAAGCUACCGUUGUAGCAGUAGGAGCAGGGUCUAGAGAUUCAUCAGGUACAGUGCACAAGGUCGCUGUAGAUGUUGGUGAUAAAGUUCUACUUCCAGAAUUUGGAGGAACCAAGGUUUCAUUUGAAGAGAAGGAAUAUUUCAUCUUCAGGGAAGGUGAUAUACUAGGAGUUCUGAAUGAGGAAAAGUGAUGGAGAUUUAGAACAAUAUCUAAUUAUAACAUGUAACCACAGCCAGUGUUGACUCCUAUUCGAUGCAUGUAUGGUGUAAAUAUGAAGAUGAUUUAUUGGUUGGAUGAUGGUGUUGCUUUUCUACAAGUAUUUGUCUUUGUAUUUUGAUAUGUUGCAGUCUUGGACCUGCCUAAAAUGGAAAGUUCAAUUAUUAUGUUAAAUUACUCAUUUCCGUUUGCCUCAUAAAGGCUCGUAUUAUAUUGAUUAAUGAAGUGUGAAUGCAUCAAUGCACCCCCUUUACUCUACCCAGACCAGUUUAUACAGAUUUCAAAACUGCAUAGCUUGACCAUCUAACCCUACUGCAAUAUCGUUCUGUUGGUAGUCAAACAUACAUUUAUAAAGGUUGAUGAUAUCCUUGGUAUUUCAACUGCCACCGUACUCUAUCCAAUGGAGUGGUCUCUGUUUGGUGUGAACAGACAAGGUGGUAAACUUCUUUCAGAAACAAGGACUUGUCAGUGAUGAUUUAUACAAAGCCCCGUCUUGUAAGGCAAUGCCUAAUGUUUUCUUGAUAAUCUUUUACAAUGGCUUCGUUUCAUGAAACUUGUCAGCACUGGCAAUGUGUCAUUCUCCGAUAGUUGCCAUAGUAAUAUAAGCAAUCAGAACCAAGAACUUCAUGGAAAUUGA